UCCAGGUCCAGGUGUCGCUCUACCCGUCAUCAUCCUCUCUACCGCUCUUCCCUCUCCGCCUUCGCUUUCGCAUUCGUCUCUUCCUCCGCUUUCUUUCGGCAGCAGUGUCUCUGCAAAUGCAAACGUGGCUCUCACUGGCAGUACAUGUAACGGAAUCACCUCCAGCAACCUCACGCUCACCAACCUCUCCACAAUAGCCUAGUCCACAUAACGCCAUGGAUCACGCUCAGGACCAGGAUUCGCUCUACCCCUUUCAUUUCCAGGGCAACGGGCCCAACAGCAACAGCAACAGCAACAACACUGGUCAAGCCAGUGGCGGCGGUAACAGCAACGGCCAUCCCCAUCCCUCUCCACACCCCGGCAGCUCACUCUCCUACCACCAUGCCCCGGCUCCGCACGCGCACCACGACUUCCAGCAGGAGCUGUUGUCGCCGACAGUACAGCAGCAUCAACAACAAUUUAAUGCCCAGCAUCAUCUACAUUCUUCUCAGCAAAGUGCAAACAGCAGCUACCAUGGAUCGCCUGCCGAUCUGCCAAAGGCAAUCCCUCACCCAGUAGACAUGUACCAGCCCACUUCCCAGUCGCAGGAUCAUGAAUUGAUCAACCCGCUCAUGAAUCGGCACCUGAAUAGUCACGCAAAUAGCCUUCAGUCCCCACACCAUCAUCAACAUCACUCCUACCCACAGCACCACCACUCGCACCAGCAGCAACAGCACCAGCAUCAGCAUCAGCCCUCGCCAUAUUAUUACCAGCAGCAACAGCAAAGCAAGCAAUAUCCUGACCAGUACUCUGAUCCUACAACGCCUGCCUCGACAGCUGCCUCCACUCUGGCCUCCGGAUCUACUGCAUCCACGCCUUCGUUGUCAUCUCCAGCCCCAGCGCUGCCCUAUCAGAACAACGACUAUCCCUACAUCGGCAACAAUGCGGCUUUGUCACACGUUCACAAGAAUGCAUCACCCACAGUGCCAUUCCCUGUCCCCACUACUCCAACCACGCCCACCAAUGGAUCACACCUUGCGUCGCCGACAUCUGCCCAUCAUUUCAGCGCCGGUUUGCCGCUGGCUAUGCCUACAUGGACAACUGCCAAUGCAUCACCGAGUGAGCAGGAUAUGCAGCCCAGGCAACAUCAACAGCCGCAGAGUCAUCUUGUAUCUCCUCCAUCGCAUUCUCAUUCACACCAGCCGCCAUAUCCGCAGUCUGCGCGUGACCUUUCUCAUUUGGGUUCGCUUAAAGGAGGUGAUCGGUCACCAUACUAUCAGUCUCCAUCUCAGCCGCCUGCACAUUUGUAUAGGUAAGCAACGUGCUCUCCAGGGAUAUGGGUUCUUCAUGGCGAAAUUCUUCUGGCGCUUGUUUUCAUGUGUUAUAACAUGUGGAAUUGGCAUUGCUUCCUUAUUUUUUGACUUUUAGUCCGCAGGGCCAGGAUCAGCAUCAACAACAAUCGCAUCACACUCC